AUGCAUGCGCUUCAGCCUCUCUUCCUGUUCAGUGCAGUCUUCACGACCGCUCAAGCGUGGUCAAAAUUUGACAAUGGGGAAGUAAAGGAGCCCGCUUAUCCUGCGCGAUGCCAGGCGGACCCAUGUGCCAACAUCACCUUCACCAACGCAACAUAUGUUUGCGGUGAUAGCCGUCUAGGUCCUGUCAAGCUUCCUAAAAGCUUUCCCCUGUCGACGGAACUUGCGACGUACGCGCGAUUCGGUGAUCUCUGCCCUUACGAGUUUAUUGAGAAAUGGACAUGGCCCAACGGGUCAUACCACUAUCCUUCCAAUGAUGGAUUCGUUCUGAACGAUGCGGGAGAGCCAAUUGAAGGCCAAACUACACUCCCGGUUGGCCGGAAGAUUGACCGUUUCGGUGGUGAAUAUGGCACUUACUUUAGCCCCUUGGGUGCGCCUUACAUCGAGCGAGCUUUGCCCCCUUCGAAUUUGGAUACAUUCGAUGGCGAUUAUCCAUACAACUACUAUGUUUAUGAGGUGAUCAAAGAGCUUAAUGUUACUCUUGGGCCAAUUGCGCCAUGGUUUGAACAGCCAGGAUUGGGCACUCAGUUUAUCACACCCUACAAUGCCUCAGACCUCGUGGAUCUGAAAUAUAUUCGGCGUCUGACCAAGUCGGAGUAUGACGAGAAAUCAGAGUUUUCAGACAACUACACACCGGGACCAAAUUCUUAA